AUGGUGAAAGAGGUGUCGCAGAGCAGUGUGCUGCGAACGGUUCGCACCGAGGUGGUGAACCGGGUGAAAGAAGUUGCGAAGAACAAGAAAGGCACCUGCAAGACUUGGGACCUGCAAGCCUCGAGCCAGACAACCCAGGCUACGAAGGAAAACAAGGCCGAGAAAAAGGCCGAGAAGGAGCUGCUCAACAAAAACAAGAAAACCCUGGGUCUGGCUGCCAAGGUCUUGACUCCGGUCACCAACAGCUGGCUGCAGACGGAACUCCUCCUCGCGAGCACGAAGCCCGGCGACGACGAGGCCACCCUGGGGAAGGAGAACGCAGGUGAGGUUCCGCUCACCCUCCCUUUCUCCAAAGAAGACGUGGACACCCGUCUGAAGACCGCGGCAACCGCAACCAAGACACUGAAAGAGUGUCGUAAGUCCGACCAGCAAGAGGCAAGGAGGGCGAAGCGUGCUGCGGCCGCAACCGACGCCGGGCAACCCGCCCCCGCCCAGGCGCCGCCCAAGCGCCGCAGAGCCAAGACUACGCCGAACCAGUGA